UGCCAUGGAAACACGACGCUUUCCUGGAUGUUUCCAGAGCAACAUCAGAAGCAGCGUGGUCGUCGUUGUGGUUGUAUUUACCGAUAUAAUUCCUUUGUUUUUCGUUAGCAGAGUUAGAUCGAUCUUAUUGAAGGCAUAGGAGUGUCCAUCAUGGUUGUUCUCCAUGUCAAGCGAGGUGAUGAAAGCCAGUUUCUUCUUGAAACUACUGUGCAGUCACCAAUCGAAGAUGUUGUCAACAGAAUUGUGAUGAUACAUAAUGGCAGGCUUAAAGUGUAUAGAAUUUGCAGUGCAAUGGAAAUGCUUGCCGAACAUGGAAUAUCUUUACCACCCGAAAUGCAUGGUCUCACCGAUGAUCAGAUCGCAGAACUCAAGCUGAAGGACGAGUUUUCAGAGACGUGUGCUCCAAGUGGAGGUUUCAGUGAAAAUAGAGAUCCAUGUGGAAGGAGGAAUGGGUGUCGGCCGACAGAAAAAAUGCAAGAGGUGUUGCAGAAGACCAUUGCAGAAGCUAAGGGUAUAAUUUCAAAAGAGUUAGUCAAGAGCAACACAUGCCUCACAGAACAGCACAUAUGCGAUGCUAUUGACAUUCUGAGAGGAGCCAUCAUGAUCGCCUACCCGAUGAACCUACCUCCAUACGACCCUAUUAGAGAGGAGUUUGAGAAUCGUGAAGAGUUGAAAGGGACCCAAGAUCAUAAGAUGGUUCUAGAUGCACCAGUAACACAACUUUGGUUUGCUGGGAAGGAAAUGCUGUGCGGGAAAAAACUACUGGACUACGUUGGCAAAAAUGAAAAAUCGAAGGUGAUUGUAAAGAUUCAGCGCCGAGGUCAAGGGGCACCUAGCAGGGAGCCCCUUCUGUCAGAGGAAGAGCGCAAGAAACUCAUGAUGGCUGAAUUCCACAGACGAGAACAAUUGAAGAAAUUGGAUGAGGAGGAUGACGACUCAUACCUCAAUUCUCCCUGGGCAGACAAUCGGCAACUCCAGAAGUCGUUCCAAGGAUUGGCCAACAUCUCUUGGAAGCCACACUGACCCUUGUUAUAUAUUUUGGGUACAUGGUACUUUGUUUUAAUUUGUAUGCUCUUGCAUAUGAUCUGUCAUUUAUAAAGGUAUAUUUGAAAAUUACUUUCUAUUGACUAGAAUAAUUUAGCUCAUAAAUGUAUUUAGAAGUUGCAACAGAAAUAUUGUCUAGUGCUGUUAUUCACUGAAUAUGCAGUCUUAAUUAAAAUAUUUAUUCUUUUUAUGCAUUAAACUAAAGAGGAGACA